AUGAGUCAAUACAAUGAAUUAUUGUUGUCCCUUACAUUAAAUGAAAAACAGAAGGAAGCAUUUAAAGAACUUCUAGAUGAGGAAUUUAAUAAAGUGAAUAUCAUAGGUUUUAAUUCGGGAAAGUUUGAUUUAAAUUUAAUUCUUCGUGAUUUAAACACUGCAAAAUGGAAAAUAAAAUCAAUGCUGGGUUCAUCUUCACAAUUUAAGCAAAUCAUUGUAAAGAAAACAAACGUUCCAUAUGAAUUGAGAUUUAUUGACAUCAGAAAUUAUAUAGCGGGUGGAACAUUGGAUCAAUUCACUCAAGAUUUCGGAAACAAUAAAUCACGUGUUAAAUCCUUUUUCCCUUAUCAAUUCAUCACAUGGGAGAAUUACGAAGAAGAAUUAUAUAAAGUGGAACCAUUCACUCAAGAUUCAUUUUAUUCAGCAUUAACUCAAGAAACUAUAUCAGAUAGUGAUUAUCAAAUAUAUCUCAAUGAUGCUAAAAAUUUUAAGAAUAGAUUAGAAUAUUUUAUUCAUUAUUGCAAUAAAGAUGUUGAAAUUAUGAUUGACCCAAUUGAUAAAAUUAUUGAAGAAACAUUUGUUUAUAAAAUUGAUAUGCUUCAUAAUCUUUCUUUAUCAUCAAAUGCUUCAAUGAUUCGUUACGCUUUAGCAUAUAAAGACUUUAAUCUUAAUGAAAAAUAUCCUGAGGAAAAGAUAGAAUCAAGUUUUGAAUUAACGAAAAAGUAUUGGAAAUAUAAAAUUGAAUCAUAUAAGAAACAAGAUGAAAAAGCAAAAAGAGAUACUAAAAAUAAUGUUUCAAUGGAUGAUUUUCAAUACUAUCACGAUUUAAUCCUUUCAUCUAAAUGCAAAAUGUGUGGUAAAGCGUUUACAUAUGCUAAUAAACCAACAUUGGAUAGAAUCGAUAAUGAAAAACCACAUACUAAAGAAAAUUGUCAGUUAAUGUGUUGUUAUUGCAAUGUCGUAAAAUCAAAUAAAGAUGAAGAUGUUCAACGUUUAAGAAUCAAUUUAAGAAAUUAUGCAUUAAAAAAUAAUUUACCAAUGACUUUAGAUUCAGUUGAAGCUUAUCACAUUCUCC